GACGUUGGGGAUUCAGAGGUGAGUUUUAGCUUGGUGUUGGUUUACUGUCCCUUUUGGCAGAUCAUUCAAACCUGCAGUAAAAGCCUGUUCCGACGAUCAAGUCUGGUGCUUGUGUGUCUCACCGAACAUUACAGUAACAUUACUGACACCUGGAGACCAGUGUAGAAUCUUUGAAUGCAUCUUCUGAAUGCCUUAUAUUUGUAAUUGACUUAAUGUAGACAUUGUUAGGCUUGAAAAUGCUUCAUUUAGGCAUACUAUAAUACAUAAACUGUUUUUGACUAAUAGGACAUAUUCAACAUGAUUAUAUAUAUUUAAUUAAAAAACUGCUAAGUGGUGAGGGAUUAUUGUGGUUCUAUUUCAGCCUUCUUAAAAUAUCGUCCCAGGCUAGUCUGGAAGGAUAACCCCUUGAUUUCCUCGUAACAACGCACAGAAUCCAUGACCCCUCUAGCAUGCAAUCAUCUUUAAUCGUUAAUGAUGAAGUAUUAUGUAUUGGUGUUCAUUUUCACUUCCGAGGUGACGACUUUCUUUUUCUUUGGUGCACUUCCAAUUGGGAGACAUAAUGAAGUGCAAAAAGUGACCACUUGCACAUUUUUGAUGUCAAAACAUUCAACUUGUGCAAAACAAAACAAAACUUGUGCAAACUCCCACAACCACAAAAUUAACCAGAAGCAUCUCAGAUCAGAUUUUGCUCUUCAUUUCUGAAUGUUAAUAUUAUAUUAAUAUUGUAAUGGUUAUAAUUUCAUUGUCGGUUUUGUUAAAGUGUUAAUUUCCUGACUGAGACAAACACAAGCAUUUACCAGUAUAUUUAUGUCAGGUGCUGUCAAUAUAUACUGUAUGUCAUAUUUGGCCCUUGUUUUGAGCAGUGAGAGGAAUGCCAUCAUACCACGUAAAUAUUUGUGAAAAUACUGAAGACAGACAUAAACAGAGUCGGGAGCCUGGGGUUGACUGGGUUGUCUCGACAUGUCUGCAAUGUAUUGAGCAACGUGGUUUGGGAUUGCAGCAGAGUACAACGUAACCUUGGUUAGCACCAUUAAUCCUUCCAGAAGGUUCGACUCUUUAACCAAAACAUACUGUAACCAAAAAAUGUUUUCCCAUAAGAAAUCAUGUAAAACCAAUCAAUCCCAAUUCUAUAUUUUUACAUGAAGAAAAAAAAAUCUAAAUAUAAAUGAUGAAUUAAAACGAUAAAUGAACAUUUAAGUCACUUUUACCUUCAUUGAAGGGAUUGUUUGCAAAGAUUGUGGCAGCGAGAUCAACACAGGCGCCACCUCAGGGUUUUGUUGAGCUAUUUCUCAGUGUUUCCACAUAGUAUGGAGUAUUAAAAAUAUGUUAAGAACACAGUUGGAUUCCCUCAGUGUACUAAUAAUGCAACAAGACCAGCGCCAUAUUGUACACUAACCACAAAAUGUACACAAAGGGAGGCAAAAUUGUGGUAAAUUGUGGUCGGUUUUUUGACACUUCCGGUACAUAGACGUUGGCCACCACUAACAUCUCACAGCAUUCUUUGAACAAGCGUAAAAUACACCCUACCUUUCCAACACCCUGUGUACCUCGUCAUUAGGCUGUUUGCUUGAUGCUUUCAACCUCAGAGCGCCAAUAUAAGUACACACAUCUGUUUGUAACCCGCUUAACAUUUUAGAGGACAACCCGUCUAAGCGGACCCUGUGAUCAAGUCCUGGGCCAUUGUGUUCGUCCUACUGCUAAAACGUCAGCGGUUAAGUUGAUGCUGACAUGUCAUCACAUUUCUUGCAAAAGCACAUGAAUGGUUAUGUCAGGAUGAAUACCAACAAAGGAAGGAGGGUCAAAACGAAGAUCCUGUCUUCUUUGGUGGUGGAUCUAUCGGCUAUUUUUUCUGUCUCUGACUAGCAUCAGCAGGACGCCCCAAAUAAUGGGAGCAAAACAACAAAAAAUCCCCCAAAUCUUGGUAGGAUCUGGAUAAAUAUUCCUGACCUGCUUCAUUGUAUUAUUGUUGUGAUCGGGGAUUGAUGGAUGUAUGGCUGGUGAGUUACAAACAAAUUACCCCUUUGGGAUAAAUCAAGUUUUUUUAAUCUGAAUUUUAUUUAGUGACAUUCUAGUUCUGAGGUCAUGAAAGUAUUGCUAAAAUCUCAGAUCAGUUAUUAUUAUUUUUUUUUAUUUUAAAGGGGAUCUAUUAUGCUCAUUUUUUGACCCGUUGUAUUGAGUUGUGGUCUCCUAUAGAGCAGCUACACACAAUAACCAGCACACAAAGCUGCACCUAUUCCAGCUGACCAAAACGGUCUGUUUUAAUGUAGUCCACCCACGGCCCGCCUCCGAGCAUGCCCAGUCUGCUGUGAUUGGUCACACGGCCAAAGUGCUUCCUAACUAUGGACCAUAUAAGGACAUCCGCCUCUCUGUGACAUCACAAAGGAACAGUUUUACCACGCCCCUUUAAUCUCAUAUUUAUAUGGUUAUAUUCUUGCAAUAUUUUGCAAGAAUAUGGGUCUUCAUGGAGGUCUCCUACCAGUCAGAUGUGCCCAGAACACCUCCCCAUUGAGGCGCCCCCAAGAAGCCCAGCCACGCUACAGAGGCAGGACCUCAUCCCCAAGACGGUGAUGGUACUCCACCCUUUUCUGGGCGAGAACCAUGGACUCGAUCUUGGAGGUGCUGAUUCACACUUGGGAUCCAGUCAAGGUCUCGGUCCAAUGAAGACAGCAGGACCACAUCGUAUAUGCAGAAGUAGAGACUUAAUUCAUCCUGCAGCCACCAAACCAGAUACCCCCCCCCAACGCCCUGACUGCAUCGAGAAAUUCCACAACCUUCCACCUCUUCCUAUCCCAAAUGUAUCUUAGGUACAAAAUGCAGUAGAACUUGACUUCUACAACAAUUCUCCAGACGAGACAUAGCCUGGAGACAAGAGAUUCCUAUCUAAUGAGUGGCAGCUUAGGUGUUCGUGCUACCUUUUAUUUUCACAACAUACCCACCUUCAAGUGAAGAAUUACUUUCCUCGUGGUUUGCCUUUUUAGUGAUAACUUUUGGACGACAUGCUGGAAUCUCACUUAGUGUAGCUGGUCAGAUUACAGGUCUCUCAGGUCUCUUUACAGGUCUCACGCUAGCGUAUCUAUUGCACAUAUGGAGGGGCGGUUCUGUUGUAGGUUAUGCUGUGUGUCAUUCCCCGUACCAUGAUGGGCGCCUGUAUCUUCACCUGACCCUUGACUCUGUGUGUCUUAUGUAAAUAGACUGUAUUUAGUUCUAGCUUGUCUUUGUUUGGUUGUUCUUUGCAACACAGGAGAUCGGGAAGACCUGGGUUCGAUACCUGUGCGUGCGUGGGGUAUGGUUUCCUCCCACAUUCCAAAAACAUGCUAGGUUAAUUAGCCACUCCAAAUUGUCCAUAGGUAUGAAUGUGAGUGUGAAUGGUUGUUUGUCUAUAUGUGCCCUGGGAUUGGCUGGCAACGCCGCCUCUUGCCCGAAGACAGCUGGGAUAGGCUCCAGCAUACCCACGGCCCUCGUGAGGAUAAGCGGCAGAAAAUGGAUGGAUGGAUCUAUUCAUUCAUUCACUGCAGACCUGCCAACAUGUACUCAUUUUUCAUACUACACACAUUUUGACUGAUUGAGUGCUUAUGGUGUAGAAAUAAAAUAGAGAAAAACAGCAACAACGGGGAAAAAUAGAGCAAAAGGGACAACAUAAGGAGAAAAAUACUGUACUGUAUCACUUCUUAAAACUGUUUGUUUUGUCAGCACGUGGCCAAUAAUAAGCUGCAGACACAUUUAUUCUACAUCAUGACUGUCUACAACACGUGGGAUGUAUUUAAUGGGGCGAGAAAGGUGCUUGUCACUGCUGUCCUUUCAUAAGAGUGGAAAAGUCACGUUUUUUUUGACAGCAGCACCAACUGUAGAGCAGAUGGGAUGGCUGCAUUGCCAAAGGUGACAAAGGCUGGGCCUAGUUGAUGGAACGGAUGCAAUGCUUUAACAAUGUCUCCACCUGCUGGUCACAUAGACCUGCACAAGACCGGAAUAGAUUACAUGAGAGCAUGAAGUCUGCUGAGAGAGAAGGUACUAUUGGUGGAAUCAUUGAAAAAAUGAAAGAAAUCCAAGAUGACAGUCAAUCAUCCUCACUUUGGAGAUCUAUGCAACAUUCCACCUGCUGGGGUAAGGAUGAUCGUGAGAAAGGUGAGCGAUCAGCCCAGAGGAGCCGGUUGAUGAUGUCAAGGGAGUUGGGAGCGUUAGUAGGACACAUUUGUGUUUUAUUGUGGGAUUAGUAAGAAUAAUGAUGUCACACUGACAUUAAUGAUCGUGCAGCAUGCUGACAAGCAGAAACUGUCAGGUUCUCAAUGCACUGAGUGCACUCAGACGUCCGGGAAGAGGCUUGUGGCAGCCUGGUUUUAGGUUUCUUUGCUGUAUUUGAUCAGAAAAUGUGCAAAUUCAGCCAUUUUUACAUAUGGAAAUGGGAAAAUACGUUUUAAUACCGUUUUAUGUUAUCUGCCUCACUUGACAGUCCGUCACUGGCAAAAACUAUACAUCACGACAAAGUGACAUUUUAAUGAAAAAAUGUAAACACAUACAGUAAGUUAGUGUAAAUCUGUAAAUGUUACAGCGCUGCUUCUUCCUUCUCUUUCGGGACACGUUGAAUGGUGUAACGGUGAUGUUCCAUAGCGUCGUUCAGCAUGUCCAAAACAAACAACCCAUGACCAUACGUAAUACGUGUGCCCCAGAAGAGGAAAGCCCCUGUCUGGUCUGCUGCAAAUUCUCAGCAGUAGUCAGAGCUAAGCUGUCAGACAGAAACAAUCUAAAAGACUGAAUGGAAUGCAUUGUUUUUAUUAUUAGAUUUACUCUCCAAAUAUGACCACAGCAACUUUGCUUUGAUCCAUCCCAAAGCCUUUUCAUUACUUGAGCAUCUGAGCGGACAUCCUUCAGGCAAGGUUACAAGUGUUUUGACGGAGGUGAUGAAGGGUUAACAGAGGAUGUUUUUAAAGGUCGCGGGGCCCGAUUGGGGGUGGGGGAACUGGCCAGGCCCGCUGUCUCUCUGGCUUAUUAACCUCUCAUCAAGAUUACACCCAACAGGAGGCCAGGGCCCAGAACGACAGAUUGAGGUCUGACAAUCUCGUUAAACACACAGAGAGCAAAACUAUGACCGGAGUGGAGGUUUAGCGGUUCAUCUGAAGCCGACCUAAGGACGCAGGGCAGAAGGUCAAUGCAGAAGAUACGUCAGGUGAAAUUGCAACGCAGCACAAAGGAUCACUGAACAAGAAAACUCGAAUGACGUUAGCGACCGUGAAACAACAACACAAGUCAGCUAAGCCGCUUGUUCUGACUCAGACCAAAGACCCAAAAAGCAAGGACACAUUUGGCGCCAACGGCCUCAGUUGGCGUCUCAAUGACUUUAUUGUGCUAAUCAGGUAUUAGAGGCGGGCAGGACAAUUAGCCAAGUCGUAAAAGAGAUUUGUUUUGGACGCCCGCAACAAGACCAACAUGGUUUUGAAUGUGAAACCUCAAGGAUUGGGUCAUGAAGCUUGGACAGGUAAGAAUCCUCUUUCCGGGAUCCGCUAGCUAUGCUAAUUCUCCAACGAUGGAGGCCGUGGACCGCACGACUGUUGGUGUAAGUCACUACUUUAACACACGUUGGCGCCGCAUACAUUUGGAUUUGAACGUGUCAUGUGGGAUUUCAUUUUGGGGAUUUUGAUGUGAUUGAUGUCUGGUCUUGGUUUUAGUGUUGUCACAUGUUGUUUGAUCUUCAUUCCGGUUUCCAGUUCUGAACUUCUGUUGUUUUUUUACCUGCUUCCCGUCUACAUUACAGUGACACAAGGACGCUUUGUCAGGGGGUGUCAUUUCCAUUUGGGGGCCACAUUCAGCCUAAUUAGACCAGUAAGAGUAGCCACGUUUACAUAAGUUUUUCUCUUUCCCAAUGGAAUCUUUCCGAAAGCAAUGGUAUCCAUGGAAAGGAAUAUUCCAAUGGCGUGUCUCCAUGCGCCGCUAUAAUCCACCAGAAUAGUCAAUGGGGCAUGCCCAGUAAAGUGUAAACACCAACAUCACGUGAUACCGACUUCCUGGAGUUUUUCUUCCACUUGUCGGAAUAACUCCGUAUUGCCAGUUUUUCCUUCAUCCAGUCUUGGAAUUGAGUUGGAAUCAAAACCAAACUUUCCUUAGCAGUCCAGUGCCGAUUGCUGGCCUCCAUUUUUUUACACGGAAGAACGUGUGGAUCUGCGUGUUACGUCAUAUCUCAGCAUUGGCUGAAAGAACGCACCCGGGAACAGGAAAAGAUAAAGUUCAAUCUUGCUAAUAUUUGAUAAUGAAGCUGGGCACAUGUUUUAUAUAGAUAUGUAUUUUCUUUUGGAAUAAAAGUGGACUUGUGAAUGGCGUAUAGAAGGGUUUAGAUUGUGUUCCACAGAUGGCGCUAAUGCACACCAAAGCUGCUUGCCAACCGCCAAUAAACAACAGAAGAAGAAGAAGAACGCAGUCUGACAACUUUCCGUUUGAGCGGGUACAAGAUACCUCAAUCGGAUUGGGGAAAGGAAUAUUCCACCCCUGGGAAUCCCAUUAUAUAUUCAUUGGGAUUGGCACCUUUCUUUGGGAAUGAGGUGUAUACAAAGGUUACAUUCUUUCCCUUGGAGCAAAUAACCCCAAUGGAAUUGGAAUAUUGGGGUCCAUGUAUACGUGGCUAAUGUAGCAUAAAUAAUACCUACUAAGUACUCAUAGACUCAAUCAGAUUGGUUUAUAACCUAAAGUUAUUGAUAACUUUAUUGUUAUUCUGUGCAUGUCAAAAUAAACUACGGACUGCUCAUAUCUUAGAAAAUGAGCAUGGGAUCAAAUACUUAUUUCCCACCGUUUUACUGUCACCACGGUCCCAAAGGAAGCAUCCCAUUCCCGCAUCGCUUGAGCACAGACAUCCUCAAAGUCGGUGAAGUUGUGAGUCAAAGUGGAUUUGCUGUUGGAUGGAGAUGGAGGGGCUCAUUAUUGAAGCCCCGCAAGCAUUCUUUAGCCGGCACUUUUUAAAAAGGUGGGGGGAUGGAACGAGUUUAGGGGUCACAAGGCAAUUGGAGCUCUUUUGAAAAGUCGUCGUUGGAGAGUCAAACGGGAAUGAAUGUGGAGAUGUGGAAGUGUGUGCGUGUUUUUGUGUGCAGCAUGGGAAAUGUUGGGAUGGAGCACCCAGGGUUCCCGGGUCGGGGGGUUCUCGUCUGCCUUCACAUGUCGUCAGGUGACUCUAGAGCAGGGGUCUCAAACUCAAUUUACCUGGGGGCCACUGGAGCUCGGGUCUGGGUGAGACUGGGCCGCAUCAGGUUUUACAAAAAAAACUCAAAACGUAUUUAUUAAAAAUUGAAAAAUGAAAAAACUUUGCUUUGGUUCCAAUUUUCUACAAGAAAAGCUCUGAUAAAACAUUCCACUGUUCUCAAAUAUCUUACUUUUUAUUUUUCUACACAAAAUAAGAUGAAUAAUAAAAUAAACAAAUCAAGAAUAAAGAAAAUCAAUCAGUAAUAAAUAAAUAAAUAUAAUAAUAAUAAUAAAAGGGCAAAUAAUAAAAAGUUAAGAAAGCACAUAUAGUUGGUGGGUAGACAAAUGAUUUUUUUCAUAUUAAAAUGAACAAAGCAUUAUUAGAGCCCUGUAGACAUGACAAAACACGACUAUAGUCACAUUUAUACAUAUUUUUUAUUUACAACAUAUUGCGCAACUGCAGGGUCUUGAGACACAUGCUAACUCGCAAACUAGAGAGCUAGCCACCUAAACGGCAGCCUUCAAGUUAUUUCCUUUCAACUUAAAUAGCCAAAAACUUACCACUUCCACACGGAUAGGGAGGAUAACUAUUAUUAUUAAUCAAACGUAAUAAUUUUUUCUGCAUACAUGAUACCAUACAGCAUCCAUAUCAAACAUUAAACUUUCAUAUCAAGGCGGGGACCUCAAACUGGUGUCCUGCGGGCCACAUUUGGGCCGUGGGCCGCGUGUUUGAGACCCCUGCUCUAGAGUUGUUGGGGUUCAAAGUGUGUCUCUCAACUCAGCUAGGGGACCCCAAGCGGCACCUCUGCAUGGAGUCGCUGGACCAUGACAGCGGCCCCGCCCAUCGUCAUGCCCUGAUUGAUGACAAUGAUUCAUGGGACACCCUUGUCUUGAUCCAGGCCCACAGCCCCCUCUAGGGGGUCCAUGUCCACAAAGCACCUGGAGACUGGUUGGGCAAACACCCGUGGACUCUCAAUGUUGGUCCAUAGUUCCACUGAAGCCCAGAUUCAAACAUAUUCUAGGUUCCCAAAGUGGCGUUCACGUACCCCCAGGGGGACAGCAAUUGUAAUGGGCUGCUCUUUGUGCAUAACAAAUACAUAAGUUUCAUUUUGAACAUGAACAAUCAUGUAUUUUGGUCUUCCAAUUCCGGCACGGAGCAGCAGUGGAAACGCGUGACUGAGUGAGGAUUUCCGUGAAAAUGAAGCGAAAGUCAAACGUGCUCCGUAGGAAGGAGACCUGGACUAUUUGUCUAUUGUGUAACGGCUUGAUAGAAUGGAGCAGUCACUGAGGAAUGUGGAGCUGCUGUGACCCCACUACCCUUACUGGUCGCUGGUUCAAGCCACUCAAGUGGGGAUGCCGAUCGUUCCCGGAUGCCUCUCUCGCUCUCUCCCUCUCCCUCUCUCUCUCUCUCUCUCUCUCUCUCUCUCUCUCUCUCUCUCUCUCUGUCUCUCUCUCUCUGUCUCUCUCUCUCUCUCUCUCUCUCUCUCUCUCUCUCUCUCUCUCUCUCUCUGUCUCUCUCUCUCUCUCCUGCUCGCUCAGUGUUUAAUUAACUUUUUUGUUGUUGAGAACGCAGCAGGUUGGACUUAAGCCUAACGCUGGGCUUAGGGCCUGGGGUUGUCGGUGGGAGUGAGUGGGAGCCACAGUCGGCUACACCAAAUAAAUCCCCCCCCACCCCCGCUCUAAAGCAGGGGGUGGGCGUCGGGGUGGACGAUGGAGCAACAAUCCACUGAUCCAAGAUUCACACUCUUGCAGUGAUAAUAUUGAACUGGACUCCGACCACGGGUUCCGUGCACCAGAACAAACAUGUCAGCCGUCAUCAUCAUCAUGACAGCAUGAAACAUUUUUAUCGGAAGGACAUGUGAGAGCACAGAGCUUAUUAUACCAAUUUAUCACAAUUCAGUAACUAAUUAGCAAACGCUGAAACCUCAGUUAGUAGGGGUGUCGUCAAAAAAUGAUCAAGUUAUUUUUCAGCUAAUGGGUGAUUAAUUAAUUCAUGAAUUAAUUGAUUGUCAUGCAUCAUUUAAUUUCCAUCUUCAGCAUGUACGCAUUCCUUAGUGCACAAAUGUAAACGUUUCACAAGAGAACGCAAAAAAAAGAAAAGAAGGACAAAUGUUUGUGAUGUAACUCAAAGGUUUUGUGAGAGAACGUAACAAAACCUUAGCAUGUCUCAAGAAACUUUUUAUGUUACAAAAUAGCCCAAAAAUUUUGCGAGAGAAUAAAUAACGUUGCGUUGUAUGACAAAAUAACGCUAACAUUUUGUAUUCUCUCACAAAACCUUUGGGUUAUUUUGUGAUAUAACAUAAAAAAUUAUUUGUGAUAAAAACCAAAGCUGUUGUGAGAAUAUACAAGUUUUGCAAGAGAAUACAAAACCUUUGCGUGUCUCAUAAAACCUUUUACUUUAUCACAAAAUAACGCAACAAUUUGCGAGAGAACAAAAAAAGUUUCGUAUUCUCUCACAAAAACUUUAGCAUUUUGUGAGAGAAUACUAAACUAUGGCGUUAUUUUGUGAAAUAUUUUGUAUUCUCUCACAAAACUUGCGUUGUCUCACAAAAAAAGGAGGAAUGUUUGCGAUAGAACCCAAAGGUUUUCUGAGGGAACGCAAAAGUUUUGAAAGAAUACAAAACAUUUGCGUUAAAAGUUUCACCAGAGAAUACAACAUUUUUCCACUUACACAAAAAGUUUGUGUUUUGCGAGAGAACGCAAAAAAGGAAGGAUGUUUACGAUCUAAUGCAAACGUUUUGCGAUACAACGCAAAAGUUUUUUAUUCUCUCGCAAAACUUUUUACUUUUGUGAGAGAACGCAAAAAAGUACGAAUGUUUGUGACAUAACCCAAAGGUUUUGUGAGAGAAUACAAAACUUUUGUGUUUCCGUUAUUUUGUGAAAUAACGCUAUAGUUUUGUGUUCUCUCACAAAAAAGGAAGAAUGUUUACGAUAGAACCCAAAGGUUUUGUGAGAGAACUCUAAAGUUUUGUGUUAAAAGUUUUACCAGGGAAUACAACAUUUUUGCAUUCACACAAAAAUUCUGUGUUUUGCGAGAGAACGCAAAAAAGGAAGGAUGUUUACGAUCUAAUGCAAAAGUUUUGCGAUACAACGCAAAAGUUUUGUAUUCUCUUGCAAAACUUUUGCGUCGACUCACAAAACUUUUGUGUUUAUGUCACAGAAUAACGCAAAAGUGUUGCGAGACAACGCAAAAGUUUUGUAUUCUCUCGCAAAACUUUUUACUUUUGUGAGAAAACGCAAAAAAGUAAGAAUGUUUGUGAUUUAACCCAAAGGUUUUGUGAGAGAAUACAAAAAUUUUGCGUUGUCUCACAAAACGUUUGCGUUAUAUCACAAAAAAAACGCAAAGGUUUUGAAAGAGUAUACAAAAUCUUUGCGUUAUAUCACAAAAUAACACAAAAAUGUUGAGAGAACGCAAAAGUUUAGGAUUCUCUCGCAAAAUGUUUUAUGAAUGUUUUAUAAAUUUUGUGUUAUAACCCAAAGGUUUUGUGAGAGAAUACAAAACUUUUGCGUUGUAUCCCAAAUAUUCUUCCUGUUUUUUUUUACUUUUUUCUUCUCCAUGUCCGUCCAUGCUCCUUGUGUUUGCCGGGUUCAUUCCCGAGCUCCAGUGAGUGGAGUUCAAUCCUGAGCUCCAGCUCAUGUUUUCCUCCUUCCACUCUCUGCUGGGGUGAUUAUUCUGAUUUACCCUGUCCUAGUUUGUUCCCCAGAGACGACUUGCUCACACACACUCACACACACAGACACACACCCACCCAGUGGUCCAGUCCCAGUGGUCCAGUCCCAGUGGUCCAGUCCCAGUGGUCCAGUCCCAGUGGUCAGACAUGGAGGUACUGGGGAUCCCUCCCAGCUAACCCGUGGAUGGAACAUCGUCGUGUUGUGGAUGGAGAACUAAACUGAGUGGAAAGCUACAUUGCCAUGGAGUUUGGAAAAGUUUGGUCCAGGCAUCAGAGGACGUUGCUCAUCACCAUGAUGAUGUUCAAACUUGGCUUUCUGUGUACCGCAGCAGCCGACAAGUGUCUCCCGUCACCUUGCAACAACGGCGCCACAUGUGUUGAACAUCUGGGCGACUACGUGUGCCUGUGCCCCAAAGGACCCGUGUGGUACAUGGGCAAAAACUGCGACCAGCUGUACGACGCUUGCAUCCUGGCACCUUGCGCCAACUGCACCAGCAGUCCCGGGACCGGCAAUUUCACGUGCCACUGCCCGGAUGGCCUCACGGGCCUGAACUGCACCCUGGAUGUAGACGAGUGCGAAAGCAACCCCUGCACGGGUAUCAGGUCUCACUGUGUCGAUGGACUCAAUGCCUUCGCGUGCCACUGUCCCCGUGGAUUCGGAGGCGAAUACUGCCAGUCGCAUGUCACGACUUGCUCAAAGGAAACGUGCCAGAAUGGCGGCACCUGUACCGACAUUCCUGACAUCGGACAUCAUUGCCAGUGUGCUGCCGGAUUCCGGGGGGCAGACUGCGAAGAAAACAUGGAUGAAUGCGAGUCGGCGCCCUGUCAAAACGGAGCCAUCUGUAAAGAUGGCGUCAAUGCCUAUCAGUGUUUCUGUGUGCCCGGGUUUCAAGGUUUUCACUGUGACUUGGACAUCAACGAGUGUGCCUCCCAGCCGUGUCAGAACAACGGCACAUGCGUGGACGAAGUGGACAACUACAGCUGUGACUGUCCUCAAGGCUUCACAGGGACCAACUGCGAGGUCGAGAUUGACGAGUGUGAAGAACAACCCUGCCAGAACGGUGCCACCUGCCGAGACCACGUUGCCAUGUAUACGUGCCAGUGUAUGGACGGGUUCCAGGGUCAAGACUGUGAGGUCAACAUCGAUGAAUGUGCCAGCACGCCAUGCCUAAAUGAUGGCGUGUGCGUCGAUGGAGUCAACAGAUAUGAGUGCGACUGCGAGGGGACAGGCUAUGAAGGUGAUCACUGUGAGGAGGAUAUUCCUGAAUGUGCUUCCAAUCCCUGCCAGCAUGGUGCCUCGUGCUUGGAGGGGAUCAACCUGUACAAGUGCCUCUGUUGGCCAGGUUACGAGGGUGACAACUGCCAGGUGGAUGAAGACGAGUGCGAGCAGCACCCCUGUGAAAAUGGCGGCGAGUGCUUUGAGCGCUCUGAUGUCCUGAACUACGGCCUUCUCCCUGAACUUAGCACGGCCAGCUUCACCUAUGAAGAAGCAGCCGGAUUCAUCUGUCACUGCCAACCUGGAUUCACAGGAGAAAACUGCUCAAUCAACGUGGACGAGUGCGUGUCUGCUCCGUGCCAUCAUGGAGGAAGCUGCCAAGAUCUAGUCAACUCCUACCAGUGUUUGUGUCCCGAUGGCUUCACAGGCGUACACUGUGAAGUGGACAUCAACGAGUGUGACAGCAAUCCUUGCCAGAACGGCGCCACGUGUGAAGAUGGUGCCAACUCGUACAUCUGUACGUGUCCGGCCCCAGAGCCGGGCCAAGAGCCCUUGGGCGGACGCAACUGCGACGUGCUCCUGGUUGGUUGUUGGCAGCACCAAUGCGAGCACGGCGGCGUCUGCGUGCCGCUGCUGACCGCCUACGGCGAGCACAGCUACACGUGCCUGUGCGGGAAUGGCUGGACGGGGGAACUCUGCAACACCUCCACCACCUUUUCCUUCAACUCGGACGGCUACGUCCACAUGCAGCUGCCCGUCUCCAGAAGCAGAGCAAGGCUUGGUUUUGACGAGCCAAACUAUGGGCUUCACAUGCAGCUCAGAUUCAGGAGCACGCUCCCUGACAUGCUCCUGUACCACCGUGGCACCACGGACCGCUUCAUCUCCUUGGAGUUAGUCCGGGGGUCCCUUCAGGCCAGGUUAAAGUCCGGGAGGAUGUUGCAGGUCACUUAUCCAGGUCCAGUCAACGACGGCGAAUGGCACCAAGUCACCGUGGCCAUGGAUGAGAGGCUGACUCUGACGGUGGUGGGACCCGGCUGUGAGGAAGGAUGCAGAGUGAAAAACGAGGUCUACAACCAUCUCAUCUUCUUCCAGUCGGACUCUUUUCAGCAACUCUACGUCGGUGGGGCGCCACGGGAAUAUCUGACGCUGGCAACCAGCCGGAGGGGCUUCAUCGGCUGCAUGGAAGACCUUCGAGUGGACUACAAGCCGCUGCUUCCGCAGGACCUCAUGAGAGAGGAGAGCAUCGGCUUGGAACUGGGAUGCACCAAAGAGGACGUGUGCCACCAAGAUGACCCUUGCCAACCACGGGGGUCGUGUGUGGACAUGUGGGUUGCGGCCAAAUGUCAGUGCUAUCGGCCGUACUAUGGAGAAACAUGCCACAGAGAAUAUCCAUCCUGGACCUUUGGUCACGAGAACACCACAAGCUAUGCCGCCUUUAACAUCACAGAAACCCACGGAGACAAUUUCUCCAUCUCCUUCAUGGUGCGAUCCCUGAAAGCGAACGGCUUACUUCUGCAGUUUCGCCGAGAGAAAAAGUCCUACCUGACAGUCUACCUGAAGGACGCCGCAGUUGCCAUCUAUAGUCCUUACACCACUCUCCUGUCAGAGGCCAAGUCUCUCACGGACGGCGACAAUCAUUUGGUGACGCUAAAAGUCAACUACGGCCACGUGUUCUUCCCCAAAGCGGGGAACCACCGCGCGUUAGGGAACGUGAGCAUCGAGGCAGGAGAUGUGCUUUAUGUCGGAGGACUCCUUGCAGGUGAAAACACGAACAUCUGGGGUGGAACGUUCAAGGGCUGCCUCCAAGACAUCCGGUUGGACAACAGGCAUCUGGCCAUGGUGGACCAUACGGACGGGUUGGAGGUUUACCAGGCCACGGAGGAGGACAAUGUUCUACCAGGAUGUCAAAGUGAUGACACUUGCAAGGACGAGCCGUGCGCCAACGCUGGGACGUGCCAGAUUACCUGGAAUGACUUCAGGUGUGACUGUCCCGUUCAAUUCUCUGGACAGCUGUGCCAGAAGCGAUUGUGGUGUGUCGACAAGCCGUGUUCUGAUAAAGGGCAAUGUGUCGACCUGUGGGAUGGUUAUGAGUGUUUGACCGAAGCCUUUUUCCAGGACAACGGUCUGGAGUAUUUUGCCAACAGCUCCCUGCUGAGCCCGAUAACCAACAUCACCAUGGUCAUUCGAACACGAGAGGAGAACGGCAUCUUGGUGAGGGCCAACAACAGAGCUAUGGUCUUCUGCCUGGGACUCCUCAAUUCCACCCUUCUGGUCAAAAUCGACAGCGGAUCAAGUGCAGAUCUGCUGGCUUUUACCAGUGACCGCACCAUCGCCGACGGGGCUUGGCACCGUGUGGCAUUGACCAUGGUGGACCCUGCACUGCCAGCGUCUCGAUGGGUCCUCACCGUGGACGGCUACUCAGCUGGCGGCAGCCUCGGAGCCGGUGGCAACCUCAACUUCCUUAACGACACCAAAAUUUGGCUCGCCGAGAAAUAUACCGGAUGUCUGGGAGAAGUGCGAGUCGGUGGGAUCUACCUUCCGCUUUUCAGCGUACCGGACGCCCCUCAGACAAGUCGAUUCUCCAGACUGAAUGGACACGAGCCAACCAUCGGGUGCCAGGGUGCCCCGGUUUGUGACUCUCAGCCAUGUCUCAACGAGGGUGUGUGCCAGGACCAGUUUAACGAGUUUAACUGCAGCUGCAGGCCAGGUUGGGAGGGGAGGCUGUGUGAGGCCGAGAUAGACGAGUGCUCUUCUAGCCCUUGCGUCUACGGGACGUGCAAAGACCUCCUGGCCGAUCACCGGUGUGACUGUGAGCCUGGCUACGUGGGGAGAAACUGCCAAGAAGAGGUGGACGACUGCUUGGAGUUCAGCUGCUUGAACGGGGGAACCUGUGAGGAACUGAUGGAAACUCAUACCUGCUUGUGUCCUCCAGGAUACGUGGGCAAACGUUGCCAAUGGCGAUUCCCUCCAGUGGCUUGUGAUGCCACGACCAAGUGUCUUAACGGAGGGGUUUGCAUAGGUGGGGACAUGGGGGGCAACUGCACCUGCAAGCCGGGAUACACUGGUCCCAGGUGUGAGACAGAAAUAGACGAGUGCCAGUCCAGUCCUUGUCUUAACGGUGCCACUUGUCUAGACCGACUCAACCAUUUCCAGUGCGUAUGUGUGCCGGGUUAUAGCGGCCCACUCUGUGGAAGCAAUAAAAAAGAACAAAAGGAGCGAGUCCCGUGGCUGGUGGUGACCAUCCCUCUCGCCAUGUUAUGCGUAUUGCUCGCCAUCUUGGUCAUCUUUUUCCUAAUCAUGACGGCCCGGAAGAAGCGCCAGUCAGAGGGCACCUACAGCCCCAGCUCGCAGGAAGUAGCUGGAGCCAGGCUGGAGAUGGGCAGCGUCCUCAAAGUGCCCCCCGAGGAGAGGCUGAUCUGAGACCUGCAGUCCGGUCUACCGCCUCGUUUUAAGAGGCUGUUUGGAAUUCUCUGAAGGUCCGUGAUGUGGAGCCCUCCACCUACGGAUGGAUGACUGAUGCUCCACCGAAGCUUCGGAGAUGGUCUGUUAUCCGACGACAAGAGCGAAAAAUGAAGAUUUGCUUUGAGAAGAUCAUCUCAAAGUAACGGACCGUGAUUUGGAUCACAAGCCACGAAGGGCGAGUACUUCAUCGAGUCAAUGAAAAUGAACGAAAAAAAGGAUUGCUUGUGUUGAAAAGCCCCGAGAGAACAGAAAAGAGGAUAUUGAUAUUGUGAUAAAAUAUGACAUAUCUGGUGGUUUAUACUCUAUAUCUCACCAUCCGUCACAAGCAGAGAGCUCACCCUUUUAUUUAUUGCACAGCAUCGUCAAAAGUCUGGAAGUCUUACGUACCGCUCUCUACGCUCUCGAUUUAUGAUUGGAGAAGAACAGCUUGUAAAUCAGAAUAUAAUUAUUCUAUACAGUAUACGUAAUAUUUGAUUUUAGAGAGAAUUCUUGUUGAAACUUACAGAUUUCUAGCUAACAUUAUUUUCAGCUUUGUUUUUUGCAAGAUCCAACUAAGUCUUGAAUAAAACCACUUGGGCUCAGUAACUCAUUAGUAACUCAUACGGGCGUUUGAUGCACAGAAUUAGCCACCGAACAUGAAUGUGUAGUUAGCUGGGUUAGGGUCAGGGUCAGGGUCAGGGUUAGGGUUAGAGUUCUGCUUAAGGGUUAGGAUUAGGGCUUUGGGAUUAGAGCUAGGAUCAAGGCUAAGGGAGUCCGGGUCAGCAGUUAAGGGUUGGCUGUUGGAGGUUAUGCCUUUUCAGGUCGGCGGUGACCCCAACGACCCUAAGUACUAUAGGAAGUACUAUAGGAAAUGAAUGAAUUCAUGUCAUGGGAGUGAAGCGACAAGCUCCUCACGGGUGGAAGAUCAGUAUUAUUUCUAAUGGAUUUCAAUACUACUACAUUCCGUUGGAUGUUUUUUUUUUUUUCUUGAAGGUUGACUUGGUACUGGGUACGUACUUUUUCUCCGACUGAGCAUUUAAAGCAGGAUUUAAGUGUUAUUGCUUCUGUGAGGCACAGAUGAAUUAUUCUGUAUACACGUGCUCUGAAAAAUACAUUUUAACAUUCUAUUUGUGUUUUUCCUGGAAAAGGUGGAAAAGCUCACGAACAAUAACUUCUCGAACAAUUCCAAUCUGGUUCAUCGGCCAAUUUGUUAGAAAGACAUCAAGAAAGUAGUCCAACUGAGAUUGGAUCAUGUAGAUGACGUGCAGCAUAUUUUUUGAAGUACAUGUGAAAUGACUUGCUUUAUUGCUUGUUUGUAUUUGAGAGGUUUCGACUCAACAUGACGUGUUAAAAACUAACAAACGGCUAUAAGAUGACUCCAGAAGCCACCUACUCUGGUCACCAGGACUGUAUGUAUAUAUGACGUGAUUGAUUUGUGUUUUUAUGUCCUUAAUGCAGCGUUUUCUAUGUUUUUUUUUUUAUUCUUGUCGCAAUUUAAAGUAAAUAGUAUUUAAUCUGUGUUAUUAUGACUGAGAUGUAAUUACUGUAAAAACAUUUUUCCGACACAGAAAAAAAGCCUUCAUUUUUAAAAAAGUUUUACUAUGCAGGCAGACGUGGAUUUGCUUAAAUUUGUGCACAUCGGCCAGAAGCACACGUAGCUUGGUUGGGUCCUGGCGUGGAAAGUAGUAAUGCCAAACUCUAAUUCUUUUAUUAUGAGUGAAAUCAGGUACUAGAUUAACUCGUGUCACCCAUUCCCCCGACUUGUCCCGCAUUUAUUUAUUUACGACUCAUUCAUGCUUAGCACAGCUUCAAUGGCAACCCAUACAUACGGUAUUUGUAAAUCAUUCUGGAAUCACUCAUCCAAGUAGUACCACAUUAAAAACAAAAAACAAGCAAUAUAUUAUUCUGUUUUGUUUAGUGUACAGUGGAACCUUGGUUAGCAUCAAUAAUCCAUUCAAGAAGGGCUGACUCUAACCAAAACGUACUCUAACUAAAUUAUUUUCCCCGUAAAAAAUAUAAAUGGAAAUCCCAUUAAUCGGUUACAAAAAUCCCCCAAACACAAAAUGCAUUUUUGUAGCUUUAAAAGUAAAGUUUUACAUAAAAAAAUGUUAUGCACGUACUGUAAAUACGUAUGUAUGCAUGAUGAUUAAAAGGGAUAAAUUAAUAUUUAAGAUUACUUUAACCUUCGUUUAAGACUGGAUUGGUGUGAAAGGCAUGAUGUGGCAGCCAGAAAAACACCUUCCUGUUUUGCCAUGAGUUGAAUUCAAUAGUUUUUCUCACGUCCAAGUCU